CUGUACCCGCAGGAGAUGCUGCAGGAUAAGGGUCUGUCGGAAAGUGAGGAGGCCUUCCGGCCCCCGGCCCCAGCGCUGGGCGAGGCCAGCGUCACCAACGCCACUAACGCCCCGGAGCCUGUGCUGGCCACACCGGGCCUCGGCGGAGCCGCGCUCGGCAGUCCCCCGGGCCCCGGCACCGACGUCGCCACCGCUGGUGUUUCGGAGCAGACCAUCGAGAACAUCAAAGUGGGGCUGCACGAGAAGGAGCUCUGGAAGAAGUUCCACGAGGCGGGUACCGAGAUGAUCAUCACCAAGGCGGGCAGGAGGAUGUUCCCCAGCUACAAGGUCAAAGUCACAGGCAUGAAUCCCAAGACCAAGUACAUCCUGCUGAUUGACAUUGUCCCUGCUGACGACCAUCGCUACAAGUUCUGUGACAACAAAUGGAUGGUAGCUGGGAAGGCAGAACCGGCCAUGCCAGGCAGGCUGUACGUACACCCGGAUUCUCCUGCCACUGGGGCCCAUUGGAUGCGACAGCUGGUCUCUUUCCAGAAGCUGAAGCUGACGAACAACCACCUGGACCCCUUUGGCCAUAUCAUCCUCAACUCCAUGCACAAGUACCAGCCGCGGCUCCACAUUGUCAAGGCCGAUGAGAACAAUGCCUUCGGCUCCAAAAACACGGCUUUCUGCACCCAUGUGUUCCCAGAGACCUCCUUCAUCUCUGUGACCUCCUACCAGAAUCACAAGAUUACACAGCUGAAAAUUGAGAACAACCCUUUUGCCAAGGGGUUCCGGGGCAGUGAUGACAGUGAUCUGCGUGUGGCCAGGCUGCAGAGCAAAGAGUACCCCGUGAUUUCGAAAAGCAUCAUGCGGCAGAGGCUUGUCUCCAGCCAGCUGGCGGCCAAGCCUGACGUGAGCCCCCUGCACAGUGCCCACCAGGCGCUGCAGCACUACCAGUACGAGAACGGGGCCCACAUGCAGUUCACCGCAGCUGAGCCACAAGACCUUCCUCUCAACACCUUCCCCACCCAGAGGGACUCCAGCCUCUUCUACCACUGCCUGAAGAGACGAGCAGACAGCGCCCGCCACCUGGAUGUGCCCUGCAAGCGGUCCUAUCUGGAAGCCCCCUCUUCGGUGGGGGAAGAUCACUACUUCCGUUCUCCCCCUCCCUACGACCAACAGAUGCUGAGCCCCUCCUACUGCGGCGAGGUGACCCCGAGAGAAGCGUGCAUGUACUCAGGUUCGGGGCCCGAGAUCCCCGGGGUGUCCGGGGUGGAUGACCUGGCCCCGCCCCCGCUGAGCUGUAACAUGUGGACUUCGGUCUCACCAUACACCAGCUACAGCGUCCAGGCCAUGGAGACUGUGCCGUACCAGCCCUUCCCCACACACUUCACUGCCACCACCAUGAUGCCCCGGCUGCCGGCCAUCUCAGCGCAGGGCUCCCAGCCCCCGGGAAAUGCCCACUUCAGUGUCUACAACCAGCUGUCACAGUCUCAGGUGCGGGAGCGGGGCCCUGCAGCCUCAUUCCCGCGCGAGAGGGGCCUCGCGGGCGCCAUGUGUGAGCGCAAGCCACCCUCUCCACAUGUGAAUGCUGCCAGCGAGUUCCUGUACUCUCAGAGCUUCUCCCUGUCCCGCGAGGCCUCCCUACAGUACCAUUCAGGAAUGGGGACAGUGGAAAACUGGACUGAUGGGUGACCCCCGUGUCUCCUCC